AUGCAUUGGAAGGAUGCCACUAGGGAAGUUUCCUGGAUGUGGAAUUACCUUGCUUGCAAGGAACUUAAUACCGGCACAAUUUACUCGAUUCUCAGCACUUUGACGCUGCAUAUCUGGUACCCCAUGGGCUGUGCCGGGGGAUAUGGUGACGGAUAUAAGUGUGGCGACCUUCUUGAAAGCGCCAGACUCCUCACUAGCGUCUCUAUCCUUUCUCCGUACCCAGGAUCUCGUCCAACGAGUAUUGCGUUGUUGAAUACUUCGCGCAAGUGGAUGCGUUGGCGUGAAUAUGUUAUUGACGACUUCGUCCGAGAUACUCUGAAAUUCCGAUCCGGGCACUGUACGAAUAUUGUGCGCUUGCUUGUUGCGGGUAGCCCGCGUGACAAUUGGGGCGGUGACGAAGCCACGGUUGUGAACCAGGCAUUGAUAAGAGCACAAUCUGAGCGCGCGAAGGAGUGCUCACCAAGAUAUGUACAAUCGCAGAACACGAGUCAAGACAGUCCAAUAACAGAGGGUGUGAGUCUUCCGCCUGACACAGACAAAGUCGAGGACGAACAAAUCAGCCGCAAAGCGCCAUUGCUAGUGACCACCGCCUCCAGCGAUGUCGAGAACCCUACAAGUAGAGAGACAACAGGCUGCUUCCAUGCUUUGAUCUGCCCCGCAACGGAUCGUGGUUCUGAACUGGAGCCCGGCGAACGAGCUAGGGGAAUAGAGUCUGCAUCGUGA